CAUGCGAGCAUGCCGGGCGUGUGUACGCAAGUGUGCGUAGCCUAGGUUCUCGUAGUUGAGGCCGUGGGUAUCUGUAAUCUGUGUGUGCUGUUCUUAUGUAAACGUUUAGUUGGUUGGAAUUAUGGCAGCAGCUGCAUCGCCUGCGCUCUUUCUUGGAAAGUGUGUUUCAUCGGCAGUGAAGAAGACUGUUCGAGUUGUUGUUACCCGGUUCGAGCUAGACAAUUUUCUGAUGGCGCAUUAUAAAAAGAGGACAGAAUACGAGGCGCUGGAUGCCAAUGAGGAGUGUGAACCUGGUGACUGGGUCCUCGUCAAAGAACUGCCAGAACGUCUCAGCCUGAGGAUUUCCCACAAAGUGGAAAAAAUUGUCUACAAGAAUGGCAACAUUAUUGAUCCUAUAACAGGCCAGAAAUGCAUUUUUACUGAUUUUGUGAAAGAUGUUGACAAGGAAAGCGACGUCUUCGGGUUGAGUCCACCGUACAAGGCUUUCCUUGCUGCACCCGAAGUGAAAGAAAUAGCGGAUAAAUGAGGUACUGAUGAUGCUAGGCUUUUAUUCUCAGUGAAAUAUUGUUGGCAUACCAAUAAAUUUUGUAGAUAGAAGAAUUACUA